AUGACACCUGAGAGGGCGGUGCUGCUCUGGAAGAAGAUGGUUGUUGGAUCUGGGAAUGGAACAGCUGUCCAAGGAUUCAUCCUGGAGGGGUUUCCUGCCAUCCAGCACCUGGGCCAUGUCCUCUUCCUGGUGCUCCUGCUGGCACACCUGGCCUCCACUGCAGGAAACGUGGUCAUAGUCACUAUCACCUGUGCCGACACCCGUCUCCACACACCUAUGUACUUUUUCCUCGGUAUUUUCUCCUUCACUGAGUGUUGCCUCACAGGUGCUGCCAUUCCUAAGUUACUGGCCAUCUUUCUGUUAGGCAGGCAAACAAUUUCCUUUUCAGCCUGUUUCAUUCAAGCUUUUGUUCUUUUAUUUCUGGGGGCAACUCUUUUCUUCCUGAUAAGUGUGAUGUCUGUGGAUAGGUACAUGGCCAUUUGCAAGCCUCUGCAUUACCCCACCAUCAUGAACCUGAGGAUUUGCCUCCUCCUGGUCAUGGCCUGCUUUGCUCUGAGCUUCAUUCUCAUCACUGGUCUGGUGGUGAAGGUUUCCCAGUUGUCCUUCUGUGGCCCCCGUGUCAUCCCUCACUUCUUCUGUGACCUUGGCCCUCUGAUGCACCUUUCUUGUUCUGACACCACAUCUGUGCAAAUGCUGGCCUUCAGCCUUACUUCCUUCAUCCUUCUGACUUCCUUCAUCGUAACGGUCAUCACAUAUGGCAACAUAAUAGUCACAAAUUUGCAUCUCCCAACUGCCAAGGAGCGACAGAGAGCUUUCUCCACCUGCUCCUCUCACCUCAUUGUCCUCUCUCUCAUGUACGGCAGCUGUGUCUUUAUUUAUGUGAAACCAAAGCAAACCAGCAGGCUGGACUCCAACAGAGAGGCUGCCCUCGUGAACACUGUGGUGACCCCAGUGCUGAACCCCGUCAUUUACACUCUGCGGAAUAAGCAGGUCCAUCAGGCUCUGAAGGAGGCCUUGUGCAGAAUGAAAAUGGCAAGAUAA